CCCUGGAUACUAGGUGAAAAAGAUAAGGGAGUUCGUGUGUGUUGCUCUUGGCGUGUCGCGGAAGGCGCAUGCGCCGUGUCCCGCCCUCAACCACGGCCGCCGCCACCAGUCACCACACCGACUCGCGAGGUUACAGUCACCGAAUUACCUCAGUUCGUAUCGGGACCUGGUGGCAACGAGACUAUUGCGUCACCGCUCUGCCGAACGGAAUAAUCUUUUGGUGUGAAUUUGUAAAAAUCUGGCCACAUGGUGGAUUCGCCCUUAGAGCCUUUCCGAAUCAAAGAGAUGUGCUAACGGUGAUGUGUGAUUGACGUGCCUUAAGAGAGAUAUUAAAACAGUGAGUUCAGAAAGAGGUACUGUUGAGUCUCUCUCUCUCUCUCUCUCUCUCUCUCUCGCUCGCUCUCUCACUCUGCUGGUCUUGUGUUGAUAAGAGGGGAAGAGGCAGGACAUUCGACCUCUGUAUGACACUACGGGAGGGUGCCAACGCGAGGCUCUUCUCCCCAUCAACCUACCUUUUGGCUUAGGCCCACCCUCUGCUGACCCCCGUGUACAUCCCCCCCGAACAACAACGCUGUCUCCUCACACGGACCCCCUGCUGCCUUCAAUAUCAGGUUCGCGUAAUGACCCCGGGACUCAAAAGAGAACAAAACCAAAGCCUCGAAAUUUCGAAUCCUCCCGCUAGUCAGCCGACCUCCCUCUAGACAACUUCUCCUGAAGAACCUGUGAACCUGUACCUCACGACACACUGAAAAAAACAAACAAACAAUAAUUCCUUCCUAUCUUCCGCUGUAGUACCUCAAGUUAGAGAGAGAGAAGGAAACCGGAAUCGCUAGUUAAUAAUAAUCAUAAUAAUAAUAAUAAAGAUCAAACCGAAAGUGCCCUGAAAGCUCAAGAUUCAAAGCAUAUAAAUGCAGCCUGUCUGACCGUCGCUAAGGAGGAGGUAGAGGAAGAAGAAGAAGCAAUGCCCCGUUCAAGCCGAGUAUAAAUGAGAUAUGAAGAGGUGAUUGAUUGCGCCCCUGGCAUCGCCCCAGCACAAAACCCGACGGGAAAGAGGAAGAAGAAGAGGAGGGGGAGGAGGAGAAGAAGAAGAUCCGGCUCAUCGAUGAGGAAGGAGGACUGUCGCUCCUGAAGAAGUCGAAGAAGAAGGCUGUCGGCCACGGCGACUGAGAGAGAUCGUCCAGAAGGAGGUGACGGUGGUGGUGGAGGAGGAAAUCGACUGAGGAAAGUGGGAGGAGGAGGAGGAACCACCUUUUUCCUAGGGACUCGUCGUGGGUUUCGACCCACCGCCAAAGACUUCGACAAAUGACGAUGGAAAGUCCCCAACACAUCAAGGAGAGCCCGCCGCCAUCCCCAGGGGACGAUAGCAAAGGAAGUGACCAAGUGGAUAGCACAAGCAAGUUGUCGAAUCCCCUGCUCGUGACCACAGCAGCUGGCCUUAUGGUAACCAACCCAGCGCUCUUCACGCACACGAUGCUGAGCGCGGCGCCCACCCUUCUUCUGGGCAGCACACCCGUCCUUGGCAACUCCUCGGUUCUUGGAAACUCCGCUGCUCAACUCGCCAACUCAUCCAUACUCGGGAAUGACUGGGUCGGCCGGCUGAAGGAGUUGCAGGAGAGAGGAACCGUAGCGGCCGCGGCAGCGGCUGCCGCUGCGGCUGCCCACUCCUCCAGUAAUGACCUGGAUGCCCUGGAUGUGGAUAACUCCAGACAGUACACGUCUCGAAACACCGGGAUGCCCGUGGCGAUGGAUCUGUGUGUCGUCUGUGGCGAUCGCGCAUCAGGUCGCCAUUACGGAGCCAUCAGCUGUGAAGGAUGCAAAGGAUUCUUCAAACGUUCUAUUCGCAAACAGUUGGGCUACACAUGUAGGGGAAACAAGACAUGUGAAGUUACUAAACACCAUCGCAAUAGGUGCCAGUACUGCCGGCUGCAAAAAUGUCUAGCGAUGGGCAUGCGCAGCGACUGUAAGAACGAUACUAAGGAUUUGUACAAAACAGUCCAGUCAGAACGAAAACCAAAUAGCGUGUUGGGUGAGCGAAGAGAUAAAGAAGGAAGCCCACCGAUGCCUCUAGUACACCCUUUCGCAGAAAUGGAGUCUUCCUUUGCCUCUAGUAAAACACCUAUUGUCGGCAAAGAUAUUCCCUCCCAGCCUGCUAAUAGUCUUGCAGAACUUCAUCUUCAAAUGGCUAAAGCCUUUGAGGGAGCAUUCUGUAGGGACAGCAAAGAUCAAGAAUGGCAUGAAACUAGUAAUGGAGAGAUAAGAAGAGAAGAAAUAGAAUCACCAGCAACGAAUGGAGAUGGUGACAGACAUACAAAUGAUAAGCAGAUUAAAAAAGCCAUGGAAAAUCUAUCAAAACAGUAUAAUGGUUCAGAAAAUGGAGAAUACGAUGAUAAUGAAAGCGACAGUACGUAUGAAGUAGACGGCCCAUUGUUAGCAGAUAGCUUAGUACCAUUCAACUUGACUGCGCCGUCCCCAAUGCCCGCCUACCUCAAUGUACAUUACAUUUGUGAAUCCGCAUCCAGAUUGCUGUUCCUAUCAAUCCAUUGGGCACGCAACAUCCCUACCUUUCAGUGUUUAAGCCAAGAGACACAGGUUACUCUUGUAAGGGGUUGUUGGUCUGAACUCUUCACACUUGGCAUGGCUCAAUGUAAUCACAUUAUGUCCCUCGAUACAAUUUUGACUGCUAUUGUAUCGCAUCUCACACAGGCUGCUGCCACUGAAAAGCUCACACCAUCUCGGUUUAAACAGGUGUCAGAUCACAUAACCCGCUUACAAGAUUUUGUAUCUGCGAUGUCUAAGCUACAACCUGAUGAACAUGAAUAUGCAUACUUAAAGACAAUCGUGCUCUUCCAGUGUGAACAUGUCUCAGGAAGUAAACGUAACCAGAUAGAACGACUACAAGAGCGCGCAGCUCAAGAGCUCAGGCAUCAUGUAGAAGAUGCUUACGCUGAAACACCAGAAAGAUUCACUAAAUUGCUACUCAAGUUACCACCAUUAAGAGCACUUCAUCCACAGGUCAUGGAGGAACUCUUCUUUGCUGGUUUGAUAGGUAAUGUUCAAAUUGACUCCGUUAUCCCGUACAUAAUGAAAAUGGAAAUGACUGAAUAGUCAAGCUUGGGUACUGUACACAUUGUACAGUGGAGGGCCAAAGAGACUACAAUCGUUGUGGAGGAUGUUUAUAUUUAUACAUCGGUCUCCUCAAAAGCAAGACAGCAGUGUGCAUAGCUGUUGUCAGCCUCUUGAAAGAAAACGUUGAAAAAGACAUUAAGUUUACUCUGAUGUUAGUCUAUUUUGACAUUCAAGUGCUGAACCAAGUUCUACCAGUACAAUAAAAUACUUAUUGUAAGGGAAUGAUGAAGUUAUGGCCAGACUGAGAGUAAACCUAUUUGGAAAAGGUGAGACAAUUUGUGCUGUGAAUUUGUACUUCACGAGCUUCUCUUGCUAAAAAUGAAAGUGGUGGUCAAAGAAAAAGAUUUAGCCCUAUCACUUUGGUGGGUGAAUGUUGCUGCAUUGUGUGGUUGGUGACUCCCUACCAAGGAUGUUGUAGUAAGUUGUCUUUGCUCCACAUUAUUCUUGUUCAACUCUCCAGUGGAUCAGGGUACUUUCUUAAGCAUUAUUUUAAGUAAGUUGCAGUUGAUGUACAUUUUCAGUAUAUUACAGUCUUUAACUGCAUAAUAAAUAAAGGCUGUUCAAUUAUCAAUACAUUAAUGUGAUUAAAGGCCAGUUUUUGUGAUUGCUCUUGUUUUGCAAGAUAUAGUCCAGAAAAGAUGCAACAUAGUGAUGGUGGACUGAGUUUCAAUAAAUGGUAAUUUACCUUUGAUAGUAAUUUAUACUGUUGUGAAACAGUGAGCCUUAUUGACACUUGGUUCAGUGUUCAUUUAUGUUGAUCUCAUCACAAAUAGUGCUGAUCAUGGAAACUCUGGGCUUCCGUGAACUUUAGAAAUGUUCACUCGAAUACUGAUGGUGCAAAAGAGGCUUAAUGCAUCCUACUUAUAGGUUGUUCAUUAAUCCUGUUUGAAAUGGUUGAUGAGUAUGUUAAAAUUCAGGCACUCUAAUAUGUGAUUAUUAUUAGUAAUUGUUUUUACCUUUAUCAUCAAUCAUUGUAAAGUGAAGAUGGGUCCAGAUAACAAACUAGUGAUUCUCUCAAGUUUUGUUUAAAGCAUAUUUUUCUUUGCUUUUAUAUAUAUUUAAGGAUUACACCCAAGUCAACAGGUUUCUGGACUUGUGAUGUUUCCAGGACUAGUUGAUGAAAUGGGAAAAAGGGCAUAAAAUAUAGUUACUGGUUGAGAGGUUUCUCAGUGACACUUGAGUUACAUAGAUUUUGAAAAUUUUAUUUUUCUAAUAUAACUUCACUUGGUGAUACAGGUACAAUAAUGGCUACAUUACUUUUGGGGGUGUAAGUAAAACAUGAACUAAGACAAAAUCAUAAGGAAGUUGACCUUGCAAAGCUUAACUAUUCAGGGAUCAUUCAAAGAAUUUUUUUGUAUCGUAGGUCUGUCUGAAUUACUUGAAUCAUCUGUCUUUACUUCAUCUUGUCUGGGGUUAGACUAAAAGUUUCAUUAAGCAAAGUCAUGUAUUAAGACAUCCACCAUGAAUUUAAUUAGGUUUUUUUUAAUUUUACUGUUAAUUUUAUGAUGACCAGAAUCUUUUUACAGUGCACUCACUAUCUUUUUCUGGCUGAAAAAUAUAUGCAUUGAAAUUCAGUUUCCUAUUUUGUAUAUAGGGUGGUGCUUUAUUUUUGAUUUUGUCUUCUUGUCAUUAUUGGAAAUAUAUCAUUUUCUUUUUGAUAUGCAGUGCUGUACUAUAUUGAUAUCAGUAUUAUAUUUAAUGUGACAGGUCAAUGGCUUGCAAGAAUCACAGUAUCCCUGGAAAAUUUUGUUGGUCAACUCAAAUUUAUUUACUCUUGCAUGUCACAAGAACUGUAGUUGUCUUGUCAGCAUUUCCGGUGUUAGGAUUAUGGAAUAUUUUCUUUUUAAUUUAUGAAGUUAACAUGUUUUAAUUGCUGUUGUAUCUUGAUUACUAGUAAGUACCACAUAAGAAAGGUUUAAUUUUUGUUUUUAUUUUUAUCAAAUCAAAGCAAGAGAUUGCAGAAACCUAAUUUGCAGUUUGUAUUGGCUGCUGAACAAACAACUACUGUACUCCUGAUAAUCUACUCUAGUCUGACCUCAUCAGAUGUAUUUGGCAUUAUGACAUUGCUUUAUUUUACUUAUAUAUUGUGCAUUUCUUCCAACUGGUUGUAACUUUAGUGUUGCGACAUGAAUUUUGAUGUGCACCCGUUGUGGUAUACAAUAUUUGUUGAGUGGAUUUGCCACUGCACUUCCCAAGAUCAGUAAAUUAAAAUUUGGUAUGGCUUUAUACCACUAGUGUUUGUUGCACUCUGUUGCAGAAUCACGGAAUCCAGUUACUGAAUUUAUGGAUGCUGAAUAAUUUGAUCAUGCAAUCAAGACUGCACCAAAGUUACUGUGAGAAUAAGGAACUAGUCAUUUGGCAAGACUGUUAAGCCAUAUUUAGUCAACCUUACAAGAAUUCCAUGUUUAGCAGCAGAGUUUGGGGCACUCAAGUGAUUUUCUGAAUCUAAACUACAUAUUACAUUUAUUGUCAGUUCGUGUUUAUAUUUUUGUAAUGCUGGUAUUUUUAUGUGAAAUAUCAAAAAAAAUGAGAAAUGUCAAAAAAUAUACAGGGAUUUCAUACAUUUUUAAUGAAAUUUUCUACCAAUGUAAAAAAAAAUAACAGUAACACUAGUUUUACAUGAAAAGUGAGGGGUUAAUUAGAGAGUUUAUUUUUCAGUAACCGAAUCACGUUAGAGGUGGCUGUAAAACUGUUUUUCUACUGUAUGUGUUAUUAAUCAGUAAAUCAUUGAUUGUGAACAGUGUUUUUCAUUGUGAACAGUGUCUCACAAGAUUUUCAAUAAGUAUCGAUUUAGGAGAGAGCAAAAAGGAAACUCAUAUUGUCCCAUUCAAAAAGAAAAACACUUCUCAUAGGUAUAACAUGCAAGGUUCUUCCAUCACAUUGAAUUAUCAAAAGAUACUUUCAUAAUGGAUAUGCCUUAAGAAAAUACAAAUCACAUUUUUGUAUAUGAAAGACUUAUUGUAUUUUUAUAUGAAAUUUUUGAAAAUAAGUCUUACUGCUCAUAUAUCAAUUCACAGUGGAGCUUCUCUGUUGUGCAGUAUGUGAUAUAAUAAGCAGAGAGAGUCUUGGCUCAGUGCUAACCAUUGAAGACUCUGCAUUGCUUGUCAUUUCACAUAAUUAAUUCCUGAGGAUUUGAAACGGACAUUUAUGGUAGUAGUACUGUACUUUCAUACUCAGAAUCUAUAUUUUAUACAUCACUAAACUAGAAAUACAUUGCAGGGUAUUUCACCCAGUGUGUUUACCAUAUUUUUGUCCCUUUCAGAUCCCCAGCCAUUUCCUCACCUCAAGACUUUCUUGAGAAACACCCUUGUAUAUAUCAUUUAAGAACAACAAUCAUGAAUCGUUUGUUUAUUUCAUUACUUAUCUAUGAUGUAAUUAUGUAUUUCUUAAUAUAAAUUGGAAAAGACAAUGCAAA